CCCAUUUCCUUCUUCAGAAAAAUCUCUCUGUAAUAACAGUUUUCGGUUCUCUUCUAAAGAGGAUAAAAGAGGGAAGAGAGAGAGAUUUCUUUGAAUUCAGUAACGAAGUCAAGCAGCGGCAGUAGCAGCGGCGGCGUCUGCUGCUGAUGGGCGACGAUAGAUCGUUGAUUACAAUGGCUAGCAGAGACAGAGAUCGAGAGCUCCUCAUACCAGUUGCUGACUCCGUCGAAGACGAUUCCGGAUCCAAAGCUUCUUCUUCUUCCGCUGCUGCUUCUGCGGCUUCGCAUGGUAGAGAGGCAUUUUAUAAAGUUGUUCGAAGCUGGGCUUCAAAAAAGUUCAUGACAGGAUGUGUUAUCUUGUUCCCAAUAGCGAUCACUUUCUAUAUCACCUGGUGGUUUAUACAUUUUGUGGAUGGAUUUUUCUCCCCAAUCUAUGUUCAUCUCGGAAUCAAUGUCUUCGGACUCGGUUUCGUAACUUCCAUAACAUUCAUCUUUGUGAUUGGGGUGUUUAUGUCAUCAUGGCUGGGGGCAUCUGUUCUUAGCCUCGGGGAAUGGUUUAUCAAGCGGAUGCCGUUUGUUCGCCAUAUUUAUAGUGCAUCCAAACAAAUCAGUUCUGCCGUAUCACCUGAUCAGAACAGCCAAGCCUUCAAGGAAGUGGCCAUUAUAAGGCAUCCACGCAUUGGUGAAUAUGCCUUUGGGUUUAUAACUUCAUCCGUCAUUCUUCAGAAUUAUUCCGGCGAGGAGGAGCUUUGUUGUGUCUAUGUACCCACUAACCAUCUUUACCUCGGCGAUAUAUUUCUUAUCAACUCCAAAGAUGUAAUUAGGCCGAAUUUAUCAGUUCGUGAAGGAAUCGAGAUCGUAGUCUCCGGCGGCAUGUCGAUGCCCCAGAUCCUGACAACGGUCAGCUCAAAUACCAUACAAGUGGAUAGAACUAGAGCUAGCCGAGUCUGAAAAAGUUGACCUGCAGUUGUCUUUGUACUUCCAAUCCCCUUGAUUUGAGCUAUUGGGAUGGCCCACAUGAUUUGUUUAUCUAUAUUUCCAGAUUGUGAUAGUUGGCCGGAUUCUGAUGGCAUGUAACAUCAUUUUAUGGGUUUCGAUGAGGUGCAAAAUUCAACGAAAGUGGUUUCAGAUAUUAUGGGUUGUUUGGCUGUGGAAUUUCUUCUCAAAGAAUUAACAUAUUUUUUCCUA